UCCUCCUCCUCCUCUUCCUCCUCCUCUGUGUGGUAGCAGGAGGGGAGUCUCUGCCUCUGUCUGCCUUUCUCUCUUUCUCUCUCUCCUGCCUUCCUCCCCUCCCCCUUUGUACAGUUCACUGAAAUGUAUGCUGGGAAGCUGAAAUAGACACAUAGAGAGGGUUGCAAAAAUGGCUGCACCAUGAAAAAAAAACCAAAAUACAUUUGCAAUCCGGAGAAAGAAGGGCUUCUCACCGAGCCUUCCAGGAGCCUGAGCAGCUAGUCGACGGGGUCUGCAAGAGGGGGGGCCCUUAGGAACCGUAUUCGACUUUAUUUUCCCUUUUUAUUUCAUUAUUUUAUUAUUUUUUUCUACUGCUGGGUCAGAGGAGAAAGAGGAGAGGAAGAGAAAAGGGAGCAGGGGCAAUUAGCCUGGCACUGGGGAGACGCAGCGGAGGGAUACAAAUCCACAGAAAGAACAAAGAAAUUAAUGGAUAGAAAUUAUCCGACCGCUGGUUUUGGAGAUCCACUGGGGGCUGGCACAGGAUGGAGCUACGAAAGGUCGGCAAAGGCAAGUUUGGUGUACGGAAGUUCAAGAGGCUCCCACCCAGAGACAGACAUCCUACACAGACAGGCGUACGCAACCCCUCACCCAUUACAGGGCUAUGCUACCAAUCACCAUCCUGCAGGACUGUCUGGGUUGUUUGAGACUGGCCUCCAUCAUGCCAGCAGUGCCACUCCAGAUGCUUCCGUCAUGAACCUCAUCUCUGCCCUUGAGUCUCGAGCCCCUCAGCCCGGACCAUCGGCCUCCUCCUUGCUUUCCCAAUUCCGCACACCCUCAUGGCAAACAGCCAUGCACACGCCGGCUCCGGCAGAACUCUUUAUAUCAGGAGCCAUUCCAGGAUCCGGUACAUUUCCCUCAUCCUCUGCUCUUUCUGCAUACCAACACCCAGCAUCAUUCAGUGGUAGAAGCUUUCCUGUAACCUCUUCCUUGACACUUCAAGAUGCAACCUUCAGCCCCACAUCAAAUGGACUCCUUUCUCCUCAUGACCCUCUCUUGCAUAUAAAGUCAUCCCAGUCCUCCGUUCCUUCUUCCCUCAGUUUUGAUCGCCUUGGCAGCACUGUUUUAGGUACUGGAUUACCUUCCCAGAGCUCUGCCUAUCGCAGUGCCCAAGAAUCAGCCUCACGUCACCUUCCUUCUCAGUUCAACCUGUUAUCCUCCUCCUUGGGCCCCUCAGAACAAACAUCCCAGCUCUAUAAUGCUUCAGUGUUUUCAAGCUCUCCUGCCUCAUCAAUUGAAAGGGCCAUGCCCCGACAAGACAGUGUCAUUAAGCACUACCAGCGACCUUCCAGUGCCCAGUCUCAGCUACCUUCGGCUGCAGCAGCUGCACACUCACUUCAGCACUAUCUCAGCUGUGGAGGGAGCUACCAGCAGAUGCAACAUCGUUCCACUUUGUCAUGCAGCCCUCUGGGGGACCAGUCACCUGUUAGCAGCGAGGGAUCACAGCAAAAAAAUUCACAGGCACGGCAAGAACAGUCUCAGAGCUACAGACCCAUAAUUCAGUCCCCUGGGUAUACCACCUCAUCAUCUUCCAAUAAGUCGAAAAGCUAUUCUGCUUCUAGGCAAACUCCCAGAUCCACAGCCACUCCAAAGUGCCAAAGCAUUGCCACCACCGGGCAGACACACAAUUACUCUUCCUCCACUCCAAAGCCCAGCUCUGUUAUAUCAAGCCAGUCUCAGGCUUACUCCCCAGGGCAGCCCCAAAAUCUUCUUUCCAUGUCUCAGUCCCAAAACUAUGCUGUCACUCAGUCCCAAAACCUCUCUGCUGUGACUCAGUCGCAAGGCUUUACAUCCAGCCAAGCCCAAGAUCUGACUAGUGGGAGCAAGUCACAAAGCUACACUACUAGCCAGUCACAAGGUUUGCAGACCUGUGUGAGUCAAAAUCAAACAUACUCCCCAGAGCAGUUGCAGGGGUUGUCAUCUGUGGGUCAAAUCCCAAGUUACAGUGUGCAGACUGAAUCUCAUGUGUCUGUCAGUCAAGCUCCAAGUUAUGUCCCUGCUCAUUCACAAGGUUUACCAACUGCUAGCCCUUCCCUUAGCUACAGCACCUGCCAUUCCCCAGCAAUGUCUAGCCACUCACAGUCUAUUGGUUAUUCUUCCGUCAGCCACGCCCAAAAUCUAUCUGAUUCAAGCCCCUCUCAGAUAAUCCGACCCUUGCAGUCUCCAACAUCAAACCGUUCUCAAAGUGUGGCUUCCCCUGGACAGUCACAGAAGUAUUUAACAUCAGUCCUUUCACCUUCCUUCAUGCAAGCUUCUCAUUCACAAAGUUAUCAGAACUCCCAGCCACCCUUAGAAAGAACAUCUUCCUACAGCAAACCAAAAUCCGACUCAGACCUUCUCUCCACAGAACGGACUGAUGAUGAAGACUUUCUUAUACAGCACCUGCUACAGUCACAAAGCCCUCCACGUGUGUCCUCUGAAAGUCUGGUGGAGUGCGAGGAAAGAUCAAAUAAAAAUUUAGGUUAUGAGAUGAGUAAGACUGAGGAAAGGUAUCACCUACAAAGUGUUAUAAGGACUAAUUCAAACAUAGAUAACCAAGGGUUGGAGAUGUCUCUUCAAAGCUUAAAAGACAAGAAAAAAAGUGACCGUCAUAAGGAAUAUGCUAAUGCAAGGUCAACUCCUGAAACCUUGGGGACAUCUGUUGUCCAUUACAGCCAUCAGACAGGUCCUAUGGAUUCCUACGCUCAGGACAUCAAAAAGUCAGUGGAACAUCUUCCACACAUGGACAACUCAACUAAAGACUUGAAUUCGGCUCAUUCAUAUCUUCAAAAAACACCUGAGCAUGCAUCACAGGCCCACAGAAUGGUAGCUGAGAGUCAGUCGAUGGAGACCCAUAGCAUGCUUCAAAGCCAACAAGGCACCCCAUUGAUGAUGGAUAACUCUCCUGAUCUGCCUCUUUCUCUAACCCACCAGCCCACCACCCAACAGUCACAACUCCUGCAAUCUGUUCUAACCCACACACAGAGUCAGCUGCAGGCACAUCAGAGGAAAGUACAGACACCCAUGGAUGUGCGUCUUUUGGAGUCACAAAGGAUCCAAGCUGAAGCACAAUCUCCCCAGCUACAGAUGCAACUGCAGUCACAUCCUUUGGAGGCUCAUUUACAGUCACAGCAAAUGCAAGCUCAUGUUCGCUCACAGUCUAUGGAGGUACAUUCACGUUCUCAGUCAAUGGAGGCACAGUUAAUGGAUUCACAUCAGAUCCAAACAGACCAGCAAUCACCGCAACUUCAGGCACAGUUGCAGUCAGAGCGCAUGCAAGCAGAAAUGCAGCCAGAGAGGAUGCAAGCAGCACUUCAGUCUGAGGGCAUGGAGGGACUUCCACAGAAUGAUGGCAUGCAAGCUUUAUCAAGACCUCAAGAAAUCCAGGAUUUCCUGGAACCUGACCUAAAUUUAGAGACCCAUUUGGGCCAGACAAGCUCUGUGUCAUCUCAGCAGCACCUCAUGCCUGAUAAUGGAGAGGGUUUGCGCUUAGAUGGAGACUCUUCCCAGCAGGUUCCCCAACCUCAAAUGGAACCUAAGGAUCAGUUUGACAGCCCAAGUCCUCAAGGAUCCAAGCAACGCUUUGUUCCUUUGACAUCCAUCUGCUUUCCUGAUUCUCUUUUGCAAGAUGAAGAAAGGAGCUUUUUCCCUGGAAUGGAAGAUAUGUUCUGCCCUCCUCCAUGUGGAAAUGAUGAGUUUCCUAAGUCAAGUUGUGGGGAUGAUGGUUCUCAGAACAUGGACAGAAAUGAGGCAAUGAAGAACAGCUAUGAAAUGAUGCAGUCUAAUCAGAGUUAUUCAGGUUACUGCACAUCUGAAAAUAAUGACAAUCAACAAAAUGUCCACUUAGGUCUAGAUUCUGUAUCUGUGAAACAUGAGUUGCCAUCCACUGUAAAUACAGAACAACUAGGUCUGAUUCAGUCAAGUCAUACUCAGCAAUCUUCAGAAGUGAAACCUGGCUUGACCUCACCCAUCUUUUGCUCUUCCAAACCCAAAAAACUUCUAAAGACGUCAUCCUUUCACCUGCUGAAAAAAAGGGAACCCUCUUUCCAGCCUCCUAAAAAGAACUAUGCCCAGGAGUACGAGUUUGAAGAUGAUGAAGAUAAGGAAGAUGUUCCUGCAGACAUCCGAUUAAACAGCCGUAGGCUACCUGAUCUUCUCCCAGAUCUUAUCUCUAGCUGUCGUACUCGGCCAAACAUUAGCCCCAUGGGAGAUAUUGACUUUUGUCCACCCCAUAUUGAUGGACCAAAGAGAAGAGGCCGAAAACCCACCAAACCAAAAAGAGAGGGUCCCCCACGGCCCAGAGGUAGACCAAGAAUUAGACCACUGGUUGAAUCUCACCCAGUGGGGCAUGAUGGUAUUAGAAGACCUCGUGGCAGAGGAAGAGGGAGAGGCAGAAGAAUGGUAGAUGAUGGAAGAGAAUGUAUGGCUAUGGAACCUUUAAAACCACUAAAGAUCAAACUACAGGUGCCAAAAGAGAAUGAUACUUUGCAGAUGGAACAAGCUGAGAUGCUCCCUCCUCCCCAGGAAAAUGCAUUGGACAACAGCCAGACUCGGGAGAAGAUCAAGCAGAAGAUCAAGGAGGUUGAAGAAAAGCAGCCAGAAAUAAAAUCAGGCUUCAUGGCCUCAUUCCUGGAUUUUCUCAAAUCAGGCAAGAGGCAGCAGCUGCCCACCGCCAAUACAAGUCCCUCAAAGAACCGGCCACCAUCUGCACAACAAGCCUCUCAGGCUUCGUUUGGAAUGGCCUCUCAAAUGCUAUCUGGUACUCUAGACUCAGCAGAGAGCGAUAGCCUGGUGAUGAGUUGCACCAGCCCCUGCAAAAGGCUGGAUGAUGAGUUGAAGCGAAAUUUGGAAACUCUACCUUCUUUUUCUUCAGAUGAGGAGGAUUCAGUCAGCAAAAACCAAGAUCUGCAAAAGAGCAUCUCGUCGGCCAUCUCUGCUCUCUAUGACCCGACUGACCGCAAGGAAGUAGAGAACACAGCACCCCCAGUGGUCGAGGAAAAAGUGUCCAUCCCCGUGCCAUCAGAACCUUCACCCCAGGAGGAGACAGAAGCUCCGGAAUCUCCACCAUCGCCUCAAGAAACGCCUGCUCCACCCCCACCUGAGGAACCCCCUGCCCAAGCAUCUCCAGAGCAGGAAGAACCUGAAGACUCCAGACCUCUUCACCUUGCCAAGAAACAGGAGAGUGCAGCCAUCUGUGGAGAGACAGAUGAAGAGGAUGUCGAGAGCGGUGGUGAGGGCAUCUUCCGAGAAAGGGAUGAGUUUGUGAUCCGGGUUGAAGAUAUCCAGGCUCUCAAGCUGGCACUACACACCGGAAGGGAGCCACCUCCUAUCUGGAGAGUCCAGAAAGCCUUGUUGCAAAAAUUUACUCCUGAGAUCAAAGAUGGUCAGCGACAGUUCUGUGCCACAAGCAACUAUCUAGGAUAUUUUGGCGAUGCCAAGAACAGGUACCAGCGCCUGUAUGUCAAAUUCCUGGAGAAUGUCAACAAGAAGGACUAUGUCCGGGUGUGUUCAAAGAAGCCUUGGCACCGCCCUCUGCAAACCAUGAGGAGGCAAAGUCAAACAAAGGCACCUGGAGGUAAAAGUCCUGUGGUGAUUCCCAAGCUAGAAAAAAUGGAGAAACCGGAACGCUUGCCAAAGAUGGAGACAUUGAGCAGGCCAGAAAGGCCAGAAGCUUUAGAGAAGGCAGAAAGAGUUGACAGACCAGAAAAAUUAGAAAGAGAGGAGACUUCUGAGAAAUUGGAGGAUAUUCCUAAACUAGAAAAGAUUGUUUCUGAGGAAGAACAAGAACAAGCACCGGGGAUAAAUUCAGUGGAGGAUGUACCUCUAGGAGAUAUAGAGAAAGUAGGGGCCAUAAAGAAGAUAGAAAAGGCUGAGCCAGUGGCAAAGAUGGAGAAAUUAGAACCUGUUCAGAAGAGUGAGACAGAAGAUACAGGGGCAAAAACAGCGAACAGUGAACCUUUGUUGAAGGAAAAAAAUGGACAAAAUGCAAAGCAGGAGAAGACAGAACCCGCAGUUUCAAAAGGAAAGAUUGAGCCAAUAACCAAGGCAGAAAAGGUUGAUCAAACUGUAAAGCCUGAAAAAGCAGAAACUGCAAUAAAGGCAGAUAAACCUGACAAUACUGUAAAACCAGAGAAAGGUACAUUUUCUGUAAGGCAGGAAAAGCAAGAGCCUAUUGUAAAGGCUGAGAAAAACACCCCUGGUGGUAAACAGGAGAAAUCUGAACCUGUCACCAAGCUAGAGAAUUCAGAAAUGAGAAAGGCACCAAAGGCGGAGUGUGUUGGAAAGUUAUCAUUGCCGGUUGAGAAGCCUGAAAAUGUAGAGGCAAUGGAUACGCUAGAGCAUGAGUUAGAGGAAAAGCCUGCAGUAUCGGAGCAAAUUAGCCAAACGGAGCAAGCGGAACCAAGCAAUACAACAGAGAAAAGUGAACCAACUGAACAGUCUGAGAAGGUGGAGGCAGCAAAGAGGGUGGGGCAAGAGGAACAACAGGAAAAGGGCACGAGAACUGAUAAAUUAGAAAAACCCAAUAAGUUGGAGAGGAUAGACAAAGUUUCCAAGGUAGACCGCUUAGAAAAGACUGGCAAGGUGGACCGGCUGGAGAAAGCUUCAAAAGGGGAUCGACCAGACAAAGCCUUAAAGGUUGAUCGUUGUGAAAAACGUGCAAAAGCUGAUCGUACAGAGAAACCAACAAAGGUAGAUAAAAAUGAGAAAACAGUACGAGUAGAAAAAACAGAAAAGCCAACCAAAAUGGAAAAAACUGAGAAAGCCACCAGGGCAGAGAGGUCUUCUAAAAUGGUCAGAACAGAAAGGCCUUCAAAGAUGGAUAAACCAGAAAGACCUGAAAAAAUGCCCAGGUUGGAAAAGAUUGAAAAGUCACCAAAGCUUGAAAAAGCGUCCAAGAAUGAUAAAAUAGAAAAGCCAGAAAGAUCGCCACGAGCAGAGAAAGAAAAAAUGGAAAGACACGUCCGAAUAGAGAAAGUAGAAAAGGUAGAGCCACCACCAAAAGCUGCUUUGAAGCCAAAGCACAAACAGGUAAAAGUGAAGGCAGAGCCGCCACCCAAAAAGAGGAAAAAAUGGCUUAAGGAGGUUGCAUCGUCCUCUGAUUCAGACUCUUCUCCUGACCAGCAGAGUGAAGAAGAACGUGUUCCUGUAGGCCGUGUAUUAAACACGCGAGCUAUGAAAGAGAUGUUCCGGAGUUACAUUGAAAUGCUAGUCAGCACAGCUUUGGACCCAGACAUGAUCCAAGCAUUAGAAGACACUAGUGACGAACUGUACCUUCCACCCAUGAGAAAAAUUGACGGCAUUGUAAAUGAGCACAAGAAGAAAGUGCUAAAGAAGAUCUCUCUCGGCUCAUCAUUUCAGGAGGCAAUACACACGUUCCCUCAGCUUAACAAUGAGCCAGGAGAACCUACAACCAGAAUGAAACCCGGGGGAGAACCUUAUAACCGCAAAACACUCAACAAAUUAAAAAAGAAUGUAGCUAAACCACAGGAGUUUAAGGUGGAUGCCGAGAAGUCACUUUUUUACACUCUGUACCAUUCCCUCCAUCACUACAAGUAUCACACCUUCCUCCGUUGCAAACAAGAGACCAAUGCAAUAGAAGAACAGAAUGACGACUUGGGACAGGAGGAGGUGGUGCAGCAAUGCAUGAGGAACCAGCCAUGGCUCGAAAAACUCUUCGAUUCCUUCAUCGACCUACUCACGCAAGCACAGAACAAGUGCGCGUGAACUAGUAGCUGAAAAUAAUAGACCAGAAUAAAAAUGACAGUGGGAAUUCAGAUUGUAAAAGUAAAAAAACAACUGACUAAAAACAAAAAAGAAAGAUGAGCGAGUGAGAGACAUGCCAGGCAGAAAAUGCAAAGCCCUUUAUCCUGGACUGACUUUAUUGCCAUGGCAACUGGCUGAGGCAGUGAUUAGGGGACUGGAUGACGUAAGUUUUGCAGGCCUCAGCUUGACUUUGCAGGCCGUGGAAUAGUGAAGAUUCUUUGAAUCAAGGGGGUUCUUUUAUUCUAUUGACUUCUGUCUUCUUCCUCUGUUCUCUACCCAUCUCUCCAAAACAAAACAAAAAACAGGGGGAGACUUCACUAGUUGUAUGUGGUCAUUUUAUUUGCCCCAGUUUUUCUCCACUCUCCGUCCCAUCCCGUCACGCCGUAAGAAGGAUCUCGUGACUCGGCAGAUCCGCUUCCAGUGACUGACGUAUUCUGACAGGAGCAGGCGGGGAGCGGGGGACUAUGGCCUCUCAUUAUUUAUUGGGAAGCAUGUGUGUAAAUGUGUUAGUGUAUGUGUGUCUGUAUGGAUGGAAGAUCCAGAAUCCCUAUUACUUUGCUAUUUUUACGUAUCAUUGUUUUGGAUUAACAAACCUUUUCACAGAGAGCAAAAGUGGCCUAAAAGGCAGGUGUCUGAUUUGCAUCUGAAGCUCGCUCACCCUUAGAAAUAUAGGUGACCCAAGGUCUGGGCUGGGAGUCAAAAUAGGCCCUGGCAUUUAACUUACACAGAGGCCCACAGCCCAAUAAAUAGUGACUGUCUAUGGCAUCUUACAGCAGCCCCUCUGGCAUUUGCCAGAACCCACUGAUUGCCAGUCCGGGCCUGGGUGACCUCCAUGUAUAUAAUGGUUUUCCUUUAUUUCCUUCAUUUAAAAUGGCUGCUAGAAGGGAUCUAACAACCUUGUAUUAAAUCAGAGCUACAUUUGGAAAACAUGGAUCCUGAAUGGCCAAGGCACAUGUUGACACUUGGGUCAAGGUGCCAUUUUGAAGUCAUGUUGGCUGCAAAAGAGCAGUGUAGGUAUCCUGCAACUGCAGCAGUGCUACAAGAUUGCCCUGUAGGGUUGGGUGCCGUAAAGGAAUAGUGACACCAAAAAAUGAAAGGUAAUUAAAAUAUAAUGUAAUGAUUCGCUGCACUGGUAAAACUGUUUGCUUCAGGAAAACUACUAUAGUUUAUAUAAAUACCCCGCUGUGUAGCAAUGGGGGCAGCCAUUUAAGCUGGAGAAAAGGCACACGUUACACAGUAGAUGACUGAUAAAACUCCAUUGUAUUCUACAGAGUUUAUCUGUUAUCUGCUAUGUAACCUGUACCUUUUCUUCUUUUUUCCAGCUUAAAUGGCUGCCCACAUGGCUACACAGCAACUUAUUUAUAUAAACUACAGUAGUCUUUCUGAAGCACCCAACUUGUACAACUGCAGGGCAGCAGUACAUUAUAAUUUAAUUACUUUUGAUUUUCAUUUUUUUGAUGUUACUGUUCCUUUAAGUCUUCUGAAUGCACCUUUCCCCUCCACUCUUCGUUGCCAGUCGGAAUAUUUAUUCAGAUGAAUACAACACAAAGCUGCUUAGUAGCUCACCAGCGAAGCUCAUAAAGCUUUGUUAAUCCAAUAUCAGACUAUUUUUUUUAAACAUUUUUAUGAGUAUUAUGUACUACACCCCUCAACAUUAAAAUAGCAAAGUGCUAUUACGUGCUGUUAGUAUGUAGAAGAUGGCAUAUACUGGCCUCGUCUGUACGCUGCAUGCUGUAUAUGAGGGGCGCCUACCUGUGGCCCCCUGUUGUUCUACAGCUCCCAGCGCAAGUGGGUCAGAGUAUUGCUAGAGGGGGGGUGCCAGAGAACGGGAUCCUUUCUUUAUAUCCUUGAUGCCAUUUUAGAGUGCAAGCUGAUUUUUAUUUUUUCAGUAGCGGCGAGUUUUUAUUCUAUAUCAUUUUUCUCUCUUUCACCAUCACUGAUUCCGUUUUCAUUGGAAAAAAAAAAACCCAGAGAGAUGCAGCUUUUCAUCUUCUCCAUCAAAAAUGUGUUAAAGUUCCGUGUUCAGUCAUUCAGUCCGAAUUAGUCGUGUAUUCUUCCUCAGUGGGCAGGAAAGGGGUGGUAAGACUGCUACCUAAAUAAAAAAAUAAUUAAAAAAUGUAAAAAAAAAAAAAAGAAAAAAAUGUUUGCGGAGAAAGAAGACGAAGAAAAAAAGCUAGUUAUUUUUUUAAAAAAUCAUCUUUCGAACAUUAUUUAAGCAUUAUGGCAUAAAAAUGUGUAUCCCUUUUUUUGUUAUACUUGGCUUAGAUGAAAUUUGAGACCGUAUUUUCCCAAGUAUGUUGCAAGGAAGAAUUUAUCGGGGGGAAAUGAACAGUGUGAGUGUUUUUGUUUCUUUUUUUUGCUUUUUUUUAAUGACUGUAUAUAUUGUAUAGGAGAAAAAAAAAAAAUCUAUGUACAAUAUUGUAUUUGACUAUAUCUAAUUGAUAAUGAUGAUACUGUUGCCUAGAUGUGAAGUGUUCAGUUUAACUGAACUUGGAUUAGUAUUUUGCUCAGAAAAACAAAAAAACCACGAUUAAAAAAAAAAAAUGUUAAAAAAAAAAAAAAAAACAAACAAAUUUGAGGCAUGAGACGAGGACUUCUUUUCUCUCCUCUUUCCCACAA